AUGCUAUCACUAUCUUUUUCGAAUAUAAAAUAUAAUUCUGAACAAUGUCAAAAUUAUCAAGCAAAAGUAGAAACAAAAAUUACUAUGCGUUCAUCAAGUGAUGAAGUUCUGCAUUGGCUAAAUCAUAAUAGUUUUUUCUCUGUUGUCAAUCGUUUUCAAUAUUAUACAGAUGUUGAUCUUCUUCGAUUGACUAAAAAUGAUAUUCGUCAAAUAUGUAAUGGUGAUGAUGCAAUAAGUAUUCGUCUUCAUUAUCAAUUGAAUGAAACUAUUAUUCAAUCAUUAAAAAUUCUUUAUAUUACAUUGACAAAUAGUGAUAUCUAUUCAACGAUUUAUUUACAUACAUUAACUAAACGUGAAUUAGGCGAAAAAUGUUUUGAAUUAAGUCAACAACCACAACAAAAAAUAUUUUAUAUAAUACUCUAG